CGGCGCAUUCCUGGGGAGUCCUCGGCUGCCAGCAUCUGAUUAGAACCAUAUCUCGCCGGGAGUGGCCCGCGGCUGCGAGGCUCCCGGGCCGGCGGCUAUUUAAGCGCGGCCGCCGUGUCGGCUGCGCGGCAGCCAGGAGGCUCGGGCACCCGGGAGUCAUGCUCGCAUCGCCGAGGCGCUAGCUGGCCUGUGUCUGUAGCAGGUUAUGUUGGUUUGAGACGUCUCCAUCGGGGAUCGCCUGGUGUCACUAAGUGUUUGUUGGUGCUGAAGUUGGCUGUCUGCCUUCUUGCCAUGUCUAACGAAGUAGAAACAAGUGCAACUAAUGGUCAGCCUGACCAACAGGCUGCACCAAAAGCACCAUCAAAGAAGGAAAAGAAGAAAGGCACUGAAAAGACAGAUGAAUAUCUUUUGGCCAGAUUUAAAGGUGAUGGUGUGAAAUACAAGGCCAAGCUCAUCGGCAUUGAUGACGUGCCGGAUGCAAGAGGGGAUAAAAUGAGCCAAGAUUCUAUGAUGAAACUGAAGGGAAUGGCGGCAGCUGCUCGGUCUCAGGGGCAACACAAGCAGAAGAUCUGGGUCAACAUUUCUCUUUCUGGAAUAAAAAUCAUUGACGAGAAAACUGGGGUAAUAGAGCAUGAACAUCCAGUAAACAAGAUCUCUUUCAUUGCCCGUGAUGUGACAGACAACCGAGCAUUUGGUUAUGUGUGUGGAGGAGAAGGCCAACACCAGUUUUUCGCCAUAAAAACAGGGCAACAGGCUGAGCCAUUAGUCGUUGAUCUUAAAGACCUUUUCCAAGUUAUCUAUAAUGUAAAGAAAAAAGAAGACGAAAAGAAAAAGAUGGAAGAAGCCAACAAAGCAGUAGAGAAUGGGAGUGAGGCCUUGAUGAAUCUUGAUGACCAAGCUUGCAAACUGAAAUUGGGUGUUGACCAGAUGGAUUUGUUUGGGGACAUGUCUACACCUCCUGACCUAAGUAGUCCAACAGAAAGCAAAGAUAUCCUGUUAGUGGAUCUAAACUCUGAAAUCGACACCAAUCAGAAUUCUUUACGAGAAAAUCUAUUCUUAACAAAUGGCAUCACCUCCUGCCCUCUUCCUCGACCAAAGCCGCAGGCAUCUUUCUUGCCUGAAAAUGCCUUUUCUGCCAAUCUCAACUUCUUUCCCACCCCUAAUCCUGAUCCUUUCCGUGACGAUCCUUUUGCACAACCAGACCAAUCGACACCCUCUUCGUCUGAUUCUCUCAAAUCUCCAGAUCAGAAGAAAGAGAAUUUGAGUAGCUCGUCUACCCCUCUGGGUAAUGGGCCCCUGAAUGGGGAUGUUGAUUACUUUGGUCAGCAAUUUGACCAAAUCUCUAACCGGACUGGCAAACAGGAAGCUCAGGCAGGCCCGUGGCCCUUAUCAAGUACGCAAACACAGCCAGCAGUGAGAACUCACAAUGGGGUAUCUGAAAGAGAACAGAACGGCUUCCAUAACAAAUCCUCCCCGAACCCUUUUGUGGGAAGCCCCCCCAAAGGACUGCCCGUACCGAAUGGCGUAAAGCAGGACUUGGAAAGCUCUGUCCAGUCCUCACCACAUGACUCCAUAGCCAUUAUCCCACCUCCACAAAGUACCAAACCGGGAAGAGGCAGAAGGACUGCUAAGUCUCCAGCAAAAGACUUGCUUGCAUCAGACAUCUUUGCUCCUCCCAUCUCAGAAUCUCCAGGCCAGACAUCUACAGGACAACCUGCAACCCUACAGACCAGCCCUCUGGAUCUCUUCAAAACAAGUGCUCCUGCCCCAGUGGGGCCCCUUGCGGGUCUAGGUGGUGUGCCAGGUAUAUCUGCUCAGGCGGGACCAUGGAACCCAGCACCCUUAGUCUUCACUCAAUCCACCACAAUGGUCCCGGGCGCUAUGCUGGCUGCUCAGCCUUCAGGAUUCAGUCCUCCAAUUGUCUUUACCACAAGCCCAGCUGUUCCAGGUUGGAACCAGCCUUCCUCCUUUGCAGCCUCAGCUUCCCCUCCAGCCCCUGUAGUCUGGGGCCCAUCAGCAUCCGUGGCACCCAAUACUUGGUCAUCAACCAGCCCUCUGGGGAAUCCUUUUCAGAGCAAUGUUUUCCCAGCACCUGCUGUGUCAUCCCAGCCCCCUUCUAUGCUCUCCUCUCUCCUGGUCACUCCUCCUCCUCAACCACCUCCCAGAACUGGCCCUCCAAAGGACGUCUCCAGUGAUGCCUUCGUUGCCUUGGACCCACUUGGGGACAAAGAAGUCAAGGAAGUGAAAGAAAUGUUCAAGGACUUCCAGCUGCGGCAGCCACCGACUCUGCCAGCAAGGAAGGGAGAACAGAAUUCCUCUGGGACUUCAAGUGCCUUCUCCAACUAUUUCAGCAACAAAGUUGGCAUUCCUCAGGAGAAUGCAGACCAUGAUGACUUUGAUGCCAAUCAACUAUUGAGAAGGAUCAAUGAACUACCAAAGCCAGCUCCCAGACAAGGUGCCCUGCCAGUUACCAAAUCUGCUGACAAUGCAUUCGAGAACCCCUUCUCGAAAGAUUCUUUCCAUUCAUCACCAGCUUCUAUGGCUUCUCCUCAACCCACAUCUUCUGAUGUAUAUAGGGAUCCAUUUGGAAACCCUUUCGCUUAACUUCUGAACUUGGCACGCUGACUACCCAGAGGAACAGAAAGGUUGGCCUUAGUAGUCAAGGACAAAGCUCAUAGGCAAACAAGUCCUGACCUCUGCCCUUGUUCUGGCUUUGACAUAUUAUCUGUUGCCUUAUUUCUUGCUGCCUCUUCCACUUGUAGAAUGCCUUCCACUUUCUGUUUAGCUAAACUGAAUCUAUGGCUUUAAAUAAAUUAAGAACCUAAACUCUCUAGCUUAAAUGUAAAUGAAGUAGUUUCCCUACUUGAACCCUUGUCUAUUGUGUCCCUAGAACCUUCUAGAACACUUUACCGUGUACCCUCUGGUUGGGAAAUGCAGCCACCACAACCCCUCAGAUCCUACUGUUUUGAAUAAAUGUUAAAGUCUUUACUGUUCA